AUGGCUGCAGCACACACCAUCCUCUCAUUCUCACACGCCAAUCCAAUUUCACCAAUCUCUUCUUCUUCUUUCCGCGGCGUCUCUCUCAGUCUCCACCGUCCCAAAUCCGUUUCCUUCUCCGCUAGAGCUCCGUCGUCAAAGAAAGCCUUGACAGUUGUUUCCGCCGCGAAGAAGGCUGUUGCUGUGCUCAAAGGUACCUCCAAUGUCGAAGGAGUCGUUACUUUGAUCCAAGAAGACUCAGGUCCAACAACUGUGAAUGUUUGUAUCAAAGGGCUAGCUCCAGGGCCACAUGGAUUUCACCUCCAUGAGUUUGGUGAUACAACAAAUGGAUGUAUCUCAACUGGACCACAUUUCAACCCUAACAAGAUGACACACGGAGCUCCUGGAGACGAGAUCCGUCAUGCGGGUGACCUGGGAAACAUAAUUGCCAAUGCUGAUGGCGUGGCAGAAACAACAAUAGUGGACAAUCAGAUUCCUCUGACUGGUCCUAAUUCUGUUGUUGGAAGAGCCUUUGUGGUUCACGAGCUUAAGGAUGAUCUCGGUAAAGGUGGGCAUGAGCUUAGCCUGACCACAGGAAACGCAGGCGGGAGAUUGGCUUGCGGUGUGGUUGGCUUGACGCCGGUCUAA